UGGUGAGGGGGCUGGGCCCCCUGGGCACAGAAUAGGUACAGAAUGGAAACUUGUAAUCUAACCAAUGAAUGCUUUUUACAUGAUGCAAAUACUAGACACGUCACGUGACCUUGGGAAGUUCCAAUCCUGGCCUUCUGAUUGACUCGUGGCAGUGAAUGAGAUCAAUUGAUCCGGAUCAUUAAAGUGAUCCGAACCUACCAUACUAUUACAAUGCUACAAUGCGGCGCUUCCUAACAAGAUGGCGGAUUUUGGCGUCAGGGUACUAGCCAAGUUUCCAUACUGUAUGUAUAGUGUGCCCUGGGCCCCUCUUAAGGGGGAUUAUAUUAUACGCCCCUGAUUAUUUCUGUCAUCUCUAAUUGGAUGUAAAAUUCGAUUCUUCAUUUAUAUCGGAACAUAAAAAUCGAUCUUCAACAAUCGAUCUUUGAACAGAGAGAUAUAACUUUUUUGAGGUAAUCUAUUUCAAAUAUCGAUAAAGUAUCGAAAGACAAAACAUCGAUGUUUUGAACAUUUUGAGCAUGUUUGAUGUUUUGAACAUCGACGAUUUUUCACCUUAACAUCGAUGAUCGAUAAACAUCGUCGAUAAAAAUCAUAUCGAUGAUCGAUAUACACCUCAACAUCGAUAAGUGAAAAACAUCAAACAGUAAACAUCGAUGUUUGAUGUUGAUACCCAUCUAUACUAAAAAAGCUAACCUUAAAUUUAAGCCUGCGCCUAAAACCCUGCGUCUUUUUCCUCAUUCCUGCUUCCUGCGUUUCACAUUUUCAUAUCAGUUUAUAAUUAUUUUUAGAUCGCUAGUGUAAAUUUUUUAUUGUUGACCUUACAACUACAUUCCUCUAUUGCAUUUGAUAAUUACCUGUGUGUAUUAGUACUUAGUAUUUGUAAUUAAAUAGGUAGUUUUUCAUUAGGCCUGCAAAUAAAUUUGCUAGAAAGUAAAACUACUCUGUACUCUGUGAUAAAAUGAAUCUGGAUAAGUUAGUAGUAGUGUUUGAUAGUCCUACAGAUACUUAUUAUGCUGGUCAAAACGUCACGGGACAAGUACAGCUAUUACUGAUGGGGCCAAAGAAAAUAAGAUCUUUGCAGAUAAAAUUUGUGGGUAAGGGAGAAGUGAAAUGGUCAGAACAAGUGAAGAUUGAGGGCAGGACUCAAUUGGAAAAUAUAGUCUACUCGGAUGAUGAGGAGUAUUACACUUUCAAGUAUAACUUGGCUGGAGGAGGAAACAGCGAGCUGCAUCUGCCUCCUGGCCAGCACAACUUCUCGUUCGCGGCUUGCCUGCCGCCCGGGCUUCCUGCGUCGUUCGAGGGCGACCGAGGCUUUGUGAGGUACUCGGUAACUGCCACACUCGAGCGACCCUGGAACUCCAGCGAAUAUGCCACCGCUAUAUUCACCGUCAUCUCGCCCAUUGAUCUCAACUACAAUCCACUCGCAAAGGCGCCAGUGCACAUGGACGUGGAGAAGUCGUUCUGCUGCUGCUGGUGCAGGUCGGGGCCACUACAGCUGGUGUUGGCCAUACCUCACUCUGGAUGGGUGCCCGGUCAGGCCAUUCCGCUCACCCUCGAACUGGACAAUGCCAGCAAUGUCACUGUCACCAAUCUCAUCGUCAAACUCGAAAAGGUUCUGGACUGGAAAGCAAGGAACCCGCAGCCCAAUCAGUGCAGAGAUCGAGUUGAACUGUCAAAGCUGACCCUGCCGGGAGUCGAACCCGGCGGCUCCAAGUCGUGGUGUCAGUUGUUGCCCAUUCCCUCCGUUGCUACCUUCAAUCUCGACCAAUGCACUAUCAUCAAUUGCUCCUACGCUCUCACCGCCAAGGCGGUGGUGGGCGGUUGCCAUACCAACCUGACAAUGGAAGUGCCCGUGUUUCUGGGGACGGUGCCUUUCUAUGAGGCCGGACCAACCGACGCCCCCUCUGCGCCCCCGCCGCCCACCAAUGCGUCAAUCGGCUUCAAUCUGGAUGCCAGCCAAUGGUGUUAUCCGUCUAUGACCACGCCCCUGCUACCAACCCAAAAUGGUUUCAGGGCAGCUCAAUAAAGUCAAUCAAUUCUUCAAAUUAUUGAAUAUUUUAUUAUCAGCUACUGAAUAUUUUAGUCAUGUUUAUUGAAUAUUUUAUUAUCAGGUAGGCACUGAAUGUUUUAAUAUAUGUCUCACUUAGCUAUGUUUGAUUUUAUGUAACGAUUCUGCAACCGGGCCUCAGUCAGGUAACUAGAUUUAAGACUCACUCAUUUGUGAGGCGAGUCGAAUAUAAAGUAUCAAACAGUGGUCAAUCUCUUGACAAAAAUCUGGCUCUAAAUUUCAACUUAAAAAGGAGUGGCCGUAGUCGAGUGGAUCAGAUGCUGGCUUUAUGAUUCAGAGGUCCGGGUUCAAAUAAAGAUAUUUAUCUCGGGCCAAUCCCGUGUUUCGGAUGGACAGGUCAAGUUGUCGGUCCCGGUUGCCUAAAAAGCAGUCGUUAGGUCAUGUCAGAGGCCCUGAAAAUGAUCAGUUGCGACCUGAAAACUCCAGACCUGAGCCAGCCAGGUCACACGAUAUUGUUAUUAUUUAUCAAUUCAUAUCUGAAUAAUCAAUUAUUUAAUAAUCAUUGAAUCAAUAUAUAUGUAAAUAAUCAAUAAAUUAUUUAAAUCAUUAAUAUUAAGCUGAAUUAUUCACAGCUACAGAAGUCAAUCAUAAGUUUUAAGACUUUCCCUUUUCACCUUUGAUGUCAUGACAACUCUUGUAUUGUUAAAUUUUCUACUCUAAAAUCAUCAUAGAAUAAAAUUCUAAAUUGAAACAAAUUUGUUUGUGUAACUUUUAUGUUGUCUAUUUGUUUUUAGAUAUGGUUUAUUAACUGAGGAAAUUAGCGGUUAUCUUUGAAAUGUAUGAUUGAGCCACUAGUCAGAUGCCAUCAUAAGGUUGUCAACUGCUUGUCUUAUCCAAGACAUGAGUUUUCAUAUGGAUCAAUUCCAAAGUUAGUAGUCUACUAAUGUUGGAUCAAUUCAGCCGGUUUUGAGUAGUUAUCAUUUUUUAUUGAACGUACCUCGUACUUGAAAUUGAUCAAUCUAAUCAAUACAAUUAAAAACUAUGUUAUCUCAUAUUAAUAUUGUCUUCCUGAACAGUUAAUAUUUUUAUUACUCUUCAUUAUUUAUUUUUUAUAAUGAAAUACGAGUAAAGUAGUAAAAUUUAGAAAAGAAUAAUAAUUCAAAUUAUAGCCUAUAUUUUAUAUUGAUAUACAAAAUAUAUUCAUUUCAUAUUUUUAUAUUUAUAUAUAUUAUAAUAUACACUGACAAUUACUAUAAAAGUAUAAUAAACGUGCUUAAAAAUGUUAUACUAUUUCCAUAGCCUAUAUUUCAUAGCGUUGCCUUCAAGCUAGUUAUAAGGAUAUUGAUGUUAUGUGUUUAUAAGAAUUAUGUGUUAAAAUUCAAGUUAAGAAGUUCCUGCUAUUUGUUAAUCUUCAUAAUAUUUUCAAAUGCACUACGGAUAAGAAUCUAAUACAAGGAUAAAAUUUGAUAAUAUAUUGUUGAGUAGUACUUAAACCCGAUAGAAAAUGUUAGAAUUGAAGAGACUUGAGGUAAAGUUUGCGUGCAGAGAGAUGUUAUGGAACUUUUCCGUAAUUUAUUGAAGAGACUUGAGGUUAUGUCAAUAUUCCACUUUAUUUAGGUUUUUCCACUAAUGUUAGGAUUUUUUUAAGACAAUUUUUAUUGGUAGACUACCCAAUUGUUUAUGUGUACUUGAUUUUAUUAUUUGUUUGAUGAUUACAUUUUAUUUUAUUGUAAUCAUAUAUCCUCUUAUUUAUCUCUUUUCUGUAUAGGGCUACUUGUAAUAUAAAUAUAAAGAAAAAUAAAAAUCUCAAUACCCUUUUUGAAAUAUUUUAAGGGUACUGAGAUUUUUAUUUUCUUUAUAUUCAUAUAUCCUCAUCUAUCUGAAAAACAUUUUGUUUGCUUCUCAAUGGUUUUAUACGAUAUAAGAUAAAAUUGUGUGAAUUUCACUAUUAUGUUUGUAUUCUAUGAAUUAAAUGCAAUGCAAGCUA